CGGCACUUCGCCAAGCCACAGACUAAGAGAGACUCUACCUUGACUAUGCUCGGCCGUAUCGCUCUCCGCAAGGCUGCGCUCAGCUCGUCCAAGCUGUCGUCGGCUAAGAUGAUGCGCCCCAUGGGAUUGCACACUACGGGUGUUGUGCGCAAGAACGAGGAGGCCUCGGAGGAAAUCCAGGUGCCCACUCAGGGUCUGCUGGAGCAGGCUGGUCUGACGGACUGGAAGAUCUCGGCCCCGAUCAUCGGUGCCCUGGCCAUCCCCGCCAUCUCCAACCACUUCUACGUGCUGAACGAGGAGUCCCAGCUGGCCUGUUGCUUCCUGCUCUUCUGCUCAGCCUCUUACAAGUUCGGUGGUGAGAUGAUCGCCUCGUACUUCGACGAGCGUGCCGCUGCCAUUCUGGGUGAGCACAACGCUGUUGAGGACGCCAACCUGGACCUGGCCAAGGAGACUCUGGAGACCCACAAGGCCUUGCUCAACAUCCACGAGGACAUUGCCGCCGUGGCUGAGGCCCACAAGGAGGCCGUCGCCCUUAUGUGCGAGGUGCAGGCCUACAAGCUGCGUCACAAGACGCGCGAGACGUUCGUCAAGAACCUCGAGUCGAUCCGUGAGAUCGAAGGCAGCUACAACCUCGAGCUGCAGAAGAGCAUGGUGGCCAGCGCUACCAGCAAGGUGCGUACGGUCGUCCAGAAGGGCGACAAGAAGCUUAAGGACGCUGCCUUCAAGCACGCUCUGGACAUUCUGGGCAACGCUAACGUGGACGACAGCAAGGAGGACGACGUGGCUGCUCUCUUCACCAAGGAGCUGCGCGCCUACGCCUCGGACCUGGAGGCCAAGCAGGGACAGGUCGUCAAGCUGACCGCCGAGGAGCAGAGCGAGCUCCAGGCCGACCUCGACGCUUACAUGAACCGCUUCGGUCUCGAGGACGCCGACUUCAAGGCCCCCAAGGAGGUCAAGCUCGAGCUCAUGUAAGCUGUCGUUAUCGUCAUCUGAGCUGUUGGUACAUGCAGUGUCAGCGAAGAGUGGGCGAUGGAUGCAGCAGCCACUUGACAGUUUAAAAUUGAAUGGAUGAUCCAUCUACUUGAGAGAAUAAGCAGAACGGAAGGUCCGAAUACCCGCU